AUGUAUAUUCUCGUAUAUGUGGAUGAUCUUGUUAUUGUUUGCAAUAACAAAGCUGCCAUUUGUGAAUUUCAAGCAUAUCUCAGCAGAUGUUUUCAUAUGAAGGAUUUGGGAAAAUUAAAAUAUUUCCUUGGUAUUGAGGUAGCUCAAAGUUCCAAAGGAAUUUUUAUUUGCCAACGUAAAUAUGCUCUAGACAUUUUGACAGAAACUGGUCUUCUUGGAUCUAAACCAGCUAGUAUUCCAAUGAAGGAGAACCAUCAGCUAGCUCUUGCAUCAGACACACCCAUGAUUGAUCCUGCUCGUUAUAGACGGUUGGUGGGGCGACUGAUUUAUCUAAAUCUUACACGGCCGGAUCUGUGUUACUCUGUUCAUAUUUUGUCUCAGUUUAUGCAACAUCCAACUCAAUCUCAGUGGGAUGCUGCACUUCGAGUUGUGCGUUAUUUGAAAUCUAGUCCUGGACAAGGUAUUUUACUUCGGACUGAUUCCAACUUAGUUCUUGACGCUUAUUGUGAUGCAGAUUGGGCUAGUUGUCCACUUAGUCGUCGUUCGCUUACGACACACUUUAUCUUUCUCGGGGGUUCUCCUAUAUCUUGGAAAACGAAGAAACAAACCACAGUUUCUCGCUCCUCAGCUGAAGCAGAAUAUCGUGCUUUGGCUUCAACAACUUGUGAGAUUAUAUGGUUAAAAGGAUUGCUCCGCAGCUUUGGUAUAGGACAUCCGAAACCAGUUUCGCUUCACUGUGAUAGUCAAGCUGCGUUGCAUAUUGCUAAUAAUCCGGUCUUUCAUGAGCGUACGAAACAUAUCGAGAUUGAUUGUCACUUUGUGCGUGAUGAAAUACUUCGAGGUACUAUCGUUCCAUCUUAUAUCCAUACUACUUCUCAGCUAGCUGAUAUUUUGACUAAAGCUAUGAGACGCCGGCAGUUUCAAACUCUUCUUCUCAAGUUGGGCAUUUCGACUUUUCAUGCUCCAACUUGA